UCCCUGACGGCACCUCUGGCCGGGCGAGUGCUUCCGGGGCGGAGGUUACCAUGGCGGCGGCGGCCUUGGCUCGGCUAGGACUCCGGGCGGUCAAGGAGGUUCGGGUUCAGUUCUGCCCCUUCGAGAACAACGUGGAGUCUACGAGGACCUUCCUCCAGGCGGUGAGCCGCGAGAAGGUCCGCGCCACCAACCUGAAAUGCUCGGUGAUUGUGGAUGUGAGGCACGACGGCUCCGAGCCCUGCGUGGAUGUGCUUUUCGGAGACGGGCAAGGAAAUGCUCACUGCCUUCGCCUCCCACGUCCAGGCCCGGAGCGCGGCGGGGAGCGGGGACCCCCCUGGCGCUGA